AAACUCUUCGAAUAGUUCUACUGUUCUCGGAUUCCUUUGCAUCAUUUUUUUUUUAAAAUUUUAUUUUUCUCUAGUAUUUCUCUCCCGAUUCGAUCUAACUUUCAACUUCGCAUUAUCUGAUAUUUUCUUAGAGAUGGUUUCUUCUCUGUUGGUUGGUUGAAUUCUGGUUUUUCGAUAUGCUCGGCGGUCGUGAUUGAUUGCCGAAAUGGGAGAGGAAAGGUUUGAUUUAGAGAUUUGCUUCACGUUUUCUGGGGUAAUGAACUGAUUUUUUGGAAAUUCUGUGCACAAUGAGCACGCAAAAGCAAGUGAUGAUGCGGGACCUUGUCGAGGAAGCGAAGAAGCGGAUCGUGUUCUUGGUCAUAUGCGUCGUUGGAUUGUCCUAUCUCAUGUCCCUGACAAGCUCCUCAGUUUGGGUCAAUUUGCCUGUUGCUGCCGCCUUAAUUGUCCUCCUUCGUUAUCUCUCCCUUGAUUAUGACAUGCGAAGAAAAGCUGUUACAUACAAUAGCAAACCUGCCACAGAAAAUACGUCUUCAAAAAGGAAACCUGUUGAUUGUACUAAAACUAUUGAAAAGUCUGAUUGGAGAAGGAGAGUGAACUCUCCUGUUGUCGAGGAUGCUAUAGAUCAUUUUACCAGACAUAUAGUGUCUGAAUGGGUGACGGGUCUAUGGUAUUCUCGCUUAACACCUGAUAAAGAAGGGCCAGAAGAACUGGUGCACAUCAUGAAUGGUGUUCUUGGAGAAAUUUCAGCUCGAAUGAGGAAUAUAAAUCUUAUUGAUCUUCUGACAAGGGAUAUUAUUAGUGUCGUAUGCACCCACUUGGAGCUUUUUCGUGCUGCUCGUGCUAAGGUUGAGAAGAAACAAUCAGAAUCGCUGACUGUUGAAGACCGAGACAAGGAAAUAAGGCUUGUCCUGGCUGCUGAGAACAAAUUGCACCCUGCUUUGUUUUCUGCUGAAGCAGAGCACAAGGUCUUGCAGCACCUGAUGUAUGGUCUCAUAUCUUUCACAUUCAAGCCUGAUGAUCUGCAGUGCUCCUUCUUUCGUUUUACUACCAGAGAGCUCCUUGCUCGUGCAGUGAUGCGACCAGUCUUGAACUUAGCCAGCCCAAGGUUCAUCAAUGAAAGGAUUGAAUCCGUAGUUAUCUCUAGGACAAAGGCUAGUAAAAGAGUAACUGCUGCACAAGAAGCAUCUCAGUCCAAGCCAAAUGCAUCUGCAAAUAUCUCAUCUGAUCGUUUUUCUAGGAUUUUAGAUCCUACUGUGACAGGGGUUGAACUUGUGCAGCUAAAUAAUAAUCAGUCUACAACCAAAUCCAAUGCAGCUACAGCCUCAAUGGAUAAUGGUAAUGGGAUUAGUCUUUCAAAAGAUCCGUUGCUUUCAGUGGAUACCCGAUCUUCUCGCUCAUGGAACUCAUUGCCCUUUGAUUCCCAAACUAGUAAAGAAAGUGGCAUUCAACAGCACCGUUCGGGAGAAUGGGGUGACAUGUUAGAUAUGAUUUCUCGGAGAAAGACCGAAGCUCUUGCACCAGAACAUUUCGAGAACAUGUGGACUAAAGGAAGAAAUUACAGAAAGAAAGAAGGGGAAAAUAGGUUGAUUGAGCAAAUCCAAGAGAACCCUCCAGUGAAUAAGCCAGUUACAGUGGUUCGCUCAAAUGCAAAUUCUAAGCCCAAGGAAAGGAAUGGUGUUACCAAACUCAAUUCCUCUCAGAGUCACGAUGUUUACUCAUUAUCUGCUGAUGGAUCUUCAUUUUCUUUUUAUCAAAAUGAUGAUGAGCACAGCCUCAUACAUAUGGAGGACGUUGAAUCAGGCACUAGUUCUUAUACAUCGGAAGAGGAAGACACAGACAAUGUAACAGGUCUUGAUUCUCCUGGAACCAAAGUUUGGGAUGGUAAAAGUAAAAGAAAUUUGUCUGUUUCUCAUAUUCAUCAUCCGCUUGAAAAUCUCGAAGGCCAUAUGAGAAAGAAAAUUGGUAGAAGUCACCAUCAUUAUCAAGGAGUAACUGGGUCCCAUUCUAGCAGGAAAAGGUCAAGAUCAAGCAAUCAGAAGCUGCAUGUAUGGAAAGAGGUUGAGAGAACAAGCUUCUUGUCUGGAGAUGGACAGGAUAUUCUAAAUUCUUUAAAAGAACGAACAAAAGUUGAGGAUUCUAGUGAUGAUUCUGAGAGUUUGGGUAGACUUUACAGUGGAGCAAUGGCUUCAUGUUCUGCAGCAUCUUUGUCAAGAGCCGAAAGUCAUAGCUUGACUGUUAAUUCCCUGGAAAGCUCUUUUGUGGAUUCAUUUUUUAAGUUGAGAUGUGAGGUAUUAGGUGCCAAUAUUGUGAAGAGUGGCUCUAGAACAUUUGCUGUAUACUCCAUAUCUGUCACAGAUGUAAAUAAUAAUAGUUGGUCAAUCAAAAGAAGGUUUCGACAUUUUGAGGAACUGCAUAGGCGUCUCAAAGAGUUUGCAGAGUAUCAUCUUCAUUUGCCACCAAAGCAUUUUCUCUCGACAGGCUUAGAUGUACCUGUCAUUCAAGAACGGUGUAAAUUGCUUGACAAGUAUUUGAAGGAACUCCUGCAGCUUCCUACAAUUUCUGGAACAUUUGAAUUUUGGGACUUUCUUUGUGUUGAUUCUCAGACUUAUGUGUUCUCAAGUUCGUUUUCUAUCAUCGAAACUUUGUCAGUUGACCUGGAUGAUAAACCAUCUGAAAAGGAUGAAAAAGUUUCAAAUAUUGUUCAGCCUUUAAGUGGUUCAUUAUCAUCUACUGGGGAGCAAUUGGGUACUGAGUGCAAGGAAGCUACAUUGCAGACAAGGAAUGAUUUUGUAACUGAUGGAAUAAGGUUGACCGCAAAAGAGGUAUCUUUUUCUCCAGGAAAAAAGCCUGGUAAAGAAAGUGUAAAGUCAUUUGUGGAUUCCGGUAGUGAUUUGGAUAUUAGAACACAAAAGGACAGAUCAUUCAUCAGAAACUCAGGGAAGAUUUUGGAAGGAAGAAAGAAUGGAGGCAAAGAUGAGGCAUCAAUGUUGCCUAUUGACGACACUGCUAGUGACCCUACCAUUCCUACAGAGUGGGUGCCACCCAAUUUAAGUGUCCCAAUUCUAGAUUUGGUUGAUGUCAUUUUUCAACUCCAUGAUGGUGGAUGGAUCAGGCGGAAGGCUUUCUGGGUUGCCAAACAAAUACUACAACUAGGAAUGGGAGAUGCCCUUGAUGAUUGGUUAAUAGAGAAAAUCCAACUGCUACGUAGGGGAUCAGUGGUUGCAUCAGGGAUCAAGCGCAUUGAGCAGAUACUGUGGCCUGAUGGGAUUUUCAUAACCAAGCAUCCAAAGCGACGGCAUCCACAAAACUCACCACAGAAUUCACCUCAUGGUGGGCAACCAACAGAAAUGUCAUCACCUAGAUUGAGCGAAGAACAGCAGCGGGAAGCAGAUCGCCGUGCAAAGUUUGUGUAUGAGCUGAUGAUUGACAAUGCGCCAGCUGCCGUUGUUGGUUUAGUCGGUCGUAAGGAGUAUGAACAAUGUGCGAAGGAUCUAUAUUUCUUUCUGCAGUCCUCCGUUUGUCUGAAGCAACUUGCUUUGGACCUUCUUGAGCUGCUGCUUUUAUCAGCUUUUCCAGAAAUGGAUCAUGUCUUUAAGCAGCUGCAUGAGGAAAAGCAUAGAUUUGGUGAAUUUAGACCAAGCUGAUGGGUCUCCUCUCCAAAUGCCAUUUUUGGGAUCAAAGACAAUCCAACAUUUUUUUAAACCCUGAGGUACAUAACUUCUUGUUGUUGCUUUGAUUUAGAAGCCUGAUGGCUCUCAUUUGUUUUGAAUUGCAAUUUCAACUUGGAUGGUUUAUACACAAUACUUUUUGAGUUUGUAUUUAGCUCAUGCAUCGGCAGUUCAGGAAAAUGUAUGUAAUUACGGGUUAGUGCAAAAAUAUGAUAUGAAAGCUUCUCGCUUGCAAUCAAAUACGAAUGUAGUCUUUAUUGUUCAGCAUGCUCCAUAUCUAUAAAAGACCUGCUUCACUUUUCUAAAA